UGCUGUAUGUUUUAGCUUACUGCGCCUAAAUAUUGUAAUGCAUUUGAGGUAUUGAUUUAGAUAUUACUGCUGACUGUAAUGUCUAUAAAUAGAAAUAAUGUUUACAUUUCCAGUAUACAUUACACUUUUCAUCACCAGGAUGUUUUGUAAAUAUACAAAAGGUGUUAUUUCCUUAAAAGGGAAUGAAUUUUGGUGAAUGUUUUUUUUUCUUCACAUAAUGCUUUGCAUUUUUUCUAGGCCAAAUCGUAUUGCCACCGUAUAUGUUUGAAUCUUGAGGCGCAAAAACUGAUAACAAAUAAAAAGAGGGAAACAUUUUUUUAAUAAAAGUAUUUCAUUUUUAUAUAUUUUUCCAACAGUAUAUCAGUUCACUAACCGUGCAAGUACUCCUGGAUUCUUUACCUGUUAGUACUCGCUUGCUCUCCGCAACUAUCUUACAACUUCCCCAUAUGAUUUAAGACUGUUGUCUAGUCAUCACGUGGGUAUCGAACCUUUCCACUUGUAGUAAAAAAAAUAAUCUUUUACAAUCGAGCUUGCCGGGCAGACAAAACGGUUCGAAUUCGUGGCACGUACUUUUUCAAAGGUCCAGAAGUUUAGCCGUUAGUCAGCGGUCUUCAUAUUACCCUAAUUAAUUGAGAGAGAAUAUUUGACCUUUUUGAUGCAUUUACUUCCGGUCCCUGCAAAUAUUUCAUUUAAUUAAAUGAACUUUAUAUAUUAUUCUUCAUAUUUGCUAUUUUAAAAAUGGAGAUUUAAUCACGGUUAGAUGAGAAGAAAAAUGGGGCGGGUAAGGUUGUUUGCCGAGAUAUCGUUGCCCUAAAAAACUGACCCGCGUCGUGCAGAUCAGUGAUCAACUUUAAUUAAUUGACGAUUACACAUGAAUCCAACGGAUACCGAGUUAUUUAUUUUGCCCUUACAUAAAUGUGUAUAAAUUAUUUAUAGUCAUGAAUUAUUCAUGACUAAUUUACAGGUACUAUUUACAAUACGAAAUACGGUUGUGAUAGUAAUACAUGUCCAUAUUUGAAGAUUUUUCGUAGAAAUGGAGUAUAUUUUCAUGGAAAAGCACCAUUGGAAUUCUAUGAAUACAGAACGUUGAGAAACUGCCUGACAAAAACCAAAUAUAAAGUAAAACUGAUUGAAGAAAGUCGGAAUUAUCCACUGCUAAUCAACUAUGACGAGUUACACUGAAGACGAAAUUGCCGCCGUCGUGGUAGACAAUGGGUCCGGCAUGUGCAAAGCAGGCUUUGCAGGCGACGACGCCCCAAGAGUCGCUUUUCCGGCGGUUACAGGACGACCCAGAUACGAGAUUGUGAUGGCCGGUAUGGGCGGCAAAUAUUCCUAUGUUGGCGACGAAGCUCAAGCCAAACGAGGCAUUCUAUCUCUACGGUACCCUGUUCAAGGUGGUAUCGUUACAAACUGGGACGAUAUGGAGAAAAUCUGGCACCAUACGUUCUACAAUGAACUCCGUGUUGCUCCAGAGGAACACCCUGUGCUGUUAACAGAGGCUCCAAUGAACCACAAAGUAAACAGGGAAAAGAUGACACAGAUAAUGUUUGAGACCUUCAACACUCCGGCAUGCUAUGUAUCUAUCCAAGCUGUACUAUCCCUCUAUGCAUCCGGGCGAACCACAGGCGUUGUAUUCGACUCAGGCGACGGUGUAUCGCACGUUGUACCUAUCUACGAGGGUUAUGCUCUGCCGCAUGCUAUCAAACGGGCGGACCUUGCUGGAAGAGCUCUUAACAACUAUAUGUGUAAAGUUCUUUAUGAACGUGGCUAUUACAUCACUAACUCGACUGAAAUGGAGAUUGCCCGGGACAUCAAGGAGAAGCUGGCAUACGUAGCUCUAGAUUUUGAACAGGAAAUGAACACGGCUGUCAACUCUUCGCAGAUUGAAAAGUCAUAUGAGCUUCCGGAUGGGCAACUUAUCACCAUUGGUAACGAAAGGUUCCGGUGUGUGGAGAGUUUGUUUCAGCCAUCUUUCUUGGGUUUGUCUCAGUCAGGUAUAAGUGAACUGGUCUACUAUUCAGUUAUGAUGUCAGACAUUGACAUCAGGAAGGACCUGUAUGCAAACUGUGUCCUCUCAGGUGGCUCCACCAUGUUUCCAGGAUUUGCUGACAGAAUGAAGAAAGAUUUAGACUUCCUUGUACCUAAUACAAUGAAGGUGAAGGUUAUUGCACCACCCGAACGGAAGUACUCAGUGUGGAUUGGGGGCUCGAUUUUAGCGUCAUUGUCAACCUUCUCACAGAUGUGGAUCAGCAAACAAGAAUAUGAUGAGUGCGGACCUUCAAUUGUGCAUAGGAAGUGUUUCUAAAACUAAGAGCAUCUAUAAGCAACAUUCGGAAAGAUAAAAGAUUCUGUGACUGUACAGCGCUGGUAACAGUAAAAACUGAAAGUGGUCAUCCACAUUUAGGCGACAGUUUAUGACAUUUUCCACUUUUCUAUAUUCUGUUAGGAACGUGGUUGGCGUGAGGCGUUACCAACGGCUGUGGUGGUAAUUUGCGCCGCUUGACUAUGGCUAAUCUUUAUUUUUGAUUUAAUUAAUGAUCUUGCCAUAUUCACUCAUGUUUAUGUUUAUGUUUAUAUGUAUAUUUUCACUGUUCUUUAGCCAAAGCCAUAUGUUGUGUCGAGUUUGCUAAAUAAAUGUUGUUGUUGUUGCUAAUCUUUAUUUUUGAAACGUUUUCUUCUUCACUGUAUAUACACUGUGCACUUAAACAUGAUUACAUACUAUUUACACCUAGUUUUAUAACAUAUACGCAGGUUUAGAUCAUUGCCUAUAGGCUGAACAUGAUCGGAAAGGGCUUGUCAUAUGUUUAUAACGGGGAUUUAUUUGAUCAUUUAUUCAUAUUACAUUUAAAAAUGAAAGAAAAAAUAAAUCGUGAAGAAAUUAUCAUUAAUUUCCGAUUUCCAAAUGAAUUACAAACAGAAAAUUAGUCUGUGCAUAAAAAGCCCUGAUUGGAAAGGGCUGAACAUGGUCGGAUAGGAUCUGCCUUAUGUUUAUUAUUUAGAAUUAUUUAAUUAUUUCUUCAUACUUCGUUUAACAAUGAAAGAAGAAAAUAAAUUAUGAAGAAAAUGUUUUUAAAAGAAUUAUAUGAGACAAAAUAUGAGUCAGUGCACUGAUGAAACGCGUUAAUCGGAAAGGGCUAAACUUUACCGGAAAGGGCCUGCAAUGUAUCUGUUAUUGGGAUUUAUUUAAUUCAUUACUCAUAUUCAUUUAAUUGUAAAUGAAGGAAGAAAAUAAAUUAUGAAGAAAGAAAUAUCAAAUUCCUAUUUAUGAAUGAAUAAUAGACAAAACACGAGUCCGUGCAGAAAACGCGCAAGGGCCUGCCAUAUGUCCAUUAUUUAGAAGUAUUUAUUUAUUUCUUCAUACUUCAUUUAACAAUGAAAGAAGAAAAAAUAGAUUAUGAAGAAAAAAAGCCCAUAAUUUUCUAUCUUUAAAGAGUAAUAGACAAAAUAUGAGUUAGUAAAUGAAACGCGCUGAUCAGAAAGGAAUAAACUUUAUCAGAAAAGGCCUGUGCAAUACAUUUGUAUAUUUAUUAUUGGGAUUUAUUUUUAAAAUUAGUUCUUCAUAUUCAUGAAACAAUGAAGGAAGAAAAUAAAUUUUGAUUUUU